AUGGACAUGAACAAUUUUAUUGGCUAUGUCGGUACUCUGCACGACAUUAACCCAGAGGCUUCGACUAUUGCCCUCGAGAACGUCGUAUCGCAUGGCACUGAAGGCAGACGUGGCAAUGCGUCGGACGAGGUUCCUCCGACUAGUUGUGUUUACGAAUACAUUGUUUUUAGAGGCAGUGAUGUGAAGGAUAUCAAUUUUGCCGACAAUGAAAAGGAGAACCAGCCUCCAGAGCAACCGCAGGUGCCCAAUGACCCUGCUAUACUAGGCGUGAGUAGUGACCCAUUUACCCUGCUCCCAAAUAUCCCGGUUAUCGCUUCUUCUUUGUCUACUUGCUAUACUUUAGAUGAGGGUGUAGAAAAGGGUGAAAACUUGUUACGAUGCUACUUUUACUCAAGGGCUUCUACUUCACAUUAUCACUUAAAUUGGUUGACUACUGCUCCUCCACGUCAGGCCCAGGCGCCAGCAGCUGCUCCGGCUCCUGCUCAGGCAGGCCGUGGUCAGCCAGCCCAAGUUCCACAGCAACCCCCUCGACAGCAACCACCGCCUCCUGGCUAUCCCCAGCAACCUCCAUAUCCCAACUACUAUAAUCCCUAUGGGCAGCAGUUCCGUGGUCCUCCUGGUGGCCCUCCCGGAUUCCCUGGUGCACCUGGCCCUGGCCCUGGCUUCCCAAACAUGCCUUAUGGACAGCAAGGAUGGUAUCCUCCCCCAGGCCAAGGCUUUCCACAGCAACCAGGCCCGUUCGGACCCCCUCAGAUGCCAAUUGGCCCUCCACGCGGACCACCUGGACAGCAGCAACAGCAGCCACCGCAGCAACAACCACAAUCGCAGCAACAUGGUCCAGAGGGAGCCCCAGCCUCUCAGAGUACCCAAAUGCCAACAUCCGAGCUCCCAGGUGGUGAAAAAGCUCCGAAGAAAUCUACAACUCCUGCUCCGGCAGCUGCUGCUCAGAAGGAAAGCCAGAAACCUACCCAACCUAAACCAGAGGCUUCUACCGCCCAGACUCAAAAGCCUGCCCCCGCCAAAGCUCCCACACAAACUAUCUCUGAGGCAACUGUAGUUGCCAAGAAUGAAAGAAUUGUUCCCGCUGUGCCUGUUGCCGUACCACUAAAGCCCGCUGCUCAGCCCACCGCAUCAGCUAGUCAGCAGGGAAACCGAGCUCCUCCAAAUGCGAUGGAGGAGGCAACUCGGGCUGCUACUGCUGCUGUCGCUGCUGCAAUGGCAAAGCUACCACAACCUGCUGGAUCCCAACAACAGCAGCAGCAGCAACCCACCAAUGGCUCUUUGGAGAGUGUUACUAAGAAAAUUAAUGAAAUGCGACCGUUUGAUGGUGAACGUCAACCAAGAGGUGGUCACCGUGGUCGUGGAGGCCAUCGUGGUCACCACCACCACCACCAACAGGUUAAGAAGAUCGAAGUUCCCUCCACUGACUACGACUUUGCAUCCGCGAAUGCCAAGUUCAAUAAACAGGAUCUCGUUAAGGAGGCUAUCGCUUCUGGAUCCCCAUUACUUGAAGCUGAAGGAAAGGCUCAUAGCGCCACUUCAGAAGCUAACGGAGUGGAAGGUGGUGACAUCUCCAGUGCUGCAUCUGGCCAUGCUACCACUGCUGUAUAUGACAAGACCUCUUCCUUCUUCGACAACCUAUCAAGCGAGAUGCGUGAUAGGGAAGAAAACGCCCGGAACAAGACCAGUGGCCGUGAAUGGCGUGGGGAAGAAGAAAAGAAGAAUAUGGAGACUUUCGGACAAGGCAGCGUCGAUAGUGGAUAUCGUGGCCGAGGUCGUGGCCGCGGACGAGGCUACGGUGGACGAGGCAGAGGCUACAACCGUGGCUACGGAGGUGGACGUGGUAGAGGCGGUUUCCGCAGUGGACGAGUUGCAGCCGAGUCUACAGGAGUUCCAUCCGCUUCAUAA